AGUGACGUCGCGCGUGUUCAGGGUCCAACGUGCUUCACAUAGGACGCUUUCCCGGCUGGGAAGUUCUGAAGUGGUUUACCUCGCAAGUAGCAGAGCGGUUUCGGUACUGUCGUCAGGAUGGUGAAGCCCAAGUACAAAGGACGGAGCACCAUCAACCGCUCGGCGGCCAGCACCAACCCAGAUCGAGUACAGGGAGCUGGAGGCCAAAACAUGAGGGAUCGGGGCACAAUUCGACGCCUGAAUAUGUACAGGCAAAAGGAGCGCAGGAACAGUCGUGGUAAAGUGAUUAAGCCACUGCAGUAUCAGUCAACUGUGGCUUCUGGCACAGUGGCCCGAGUGGAGCCGAAUAUUAAAUGGUUUGGAAAUACUCGUGUGAUCAAGCAGGCAUCAUUACAAAAAUUUCAAGAGGAAAUGGAUAAAGUUAUGAAGGAUCCAUACAAAGUUGUCAUGAAACAAAGCAAAUUACCGAUGUCUCUUCUGCACGAUCGAAUCCAGCCUCAUAACGCAAAAGUCCACAUUCUUGAUACUGAAAGCUUUGAAAGUACAUUUGGCCCAAAGUCACAGAGAAAGCGGCCAAACUUGUUUGCAAGUGAUAUGCAGUCCCUUCUAGAAAACGCUGAAAUGUCUACUGAGAGCUAUGACCAGGGCAAGGACCGUGAUUUGGUGAUGGAGGACACUGGUGUAAGAAAUGAAGCUCAAGAAGAGAUAUAUAAAAAAGGGCAGUCAAAAAGAAUAUGGGGAGAACUCUACAAGGUGAUAGACUCAUCAGAUGUUGUCGUUCAAGUCCUUGACGCUAGAGAUCCGAUGGGCACUCGUUCCCCCCACAUCGAAGCUUACUUGAAAAAGGAAAAACCCUGGAAACAUCUCAUUUUUGUACUCAAUAAGUGUGACCUUGUUCCAACUUGGGCAACCAAACGAUGGGUUGCUGUGCUCUCCCAGGACUACCCAACGCUGGCUUUCCAUGCGAGCCUCACCAAUGCCUUUGGGAAGGGAGCAUUCAUUCAGCUUCUGCGGCAGUUUGGGAAGUUGCACACAGACAAGAAACAAAUCAGUGUUGGGUUCAUUGGCUAUCCAAAUGUAGGCAAGAGCUCUGUGAUUAAUACAUUACGAUCAAAGAAAGUUUGCAAUGUGGCCCCCAUUGCUGGAGAAACAAAGGUCUGGCAGUAUAUUACCUUGAUGCGUCGUAUAUUCCUGAUUGACUGCCCUGGUGUGGUUUACCCAUCUGAGGACUCAGAGACUGACAUUGUGCUCAAAGGAGUGGUUCAAGUUGAAAAAAUUAAAGCUCCUCAAGACCACAUUGGUGCUGUCCUUGAACGAGCAAAGCCAGAGUAUAUCAGCAAGACAUACAAGAUUGAGUCCUGGGAGAGUGCGGAGGACUUUCUUGAGAAGUUAGCUCUCCGCACUGGGAAGUUACUGAAGGGUGGAGAGCCUGACCUGCUGACUGUGAGCAAGAUGGUUCUCAAUGACUGGCAGAGAGGCCGAAUCCCUUUCUUUGUCAAGCCGCCCAACGCAGAGCUACCGACCGAUUCCCAGCUUCCACCAUCCUCACCAUUGGAAGUUCCCACAGAAACAACACGGAACAACCCAGAAGAAGAGACCAUAGAAACAGAAGUUGAAAGGUCAGACUCUAUCACUGAAAAGGAGCCAGAAGUAGACUGUUCUCAGGAUAGAAACUCAGAGAUGAUGCAACAGAUCCUCGCACGAGUUCGCCAGAACUUUGGCAAAAUCAACGUGGGGCCUCAGUUUUCUGCGGAUGACCUGGUGCCUGUGGAGAUAUCAGACUUGGAAGAUCUGGAAAGCUCUGCGGAAGAGGAAGAACAGGAGCAGGAACAGCCAGGAGAGGAUGCUGAGGAAGAGUGUUCCCCAGACACUCAGGAGGAGCCAGUGGGAAAUGACACCAAAGCCGUGCUCAGAGCCCUGGAUGAGAAGAUUGCCAAGUACCAGAGGUUUCUAAAUAAAGCCAAAGCUAAAAAGUUCUCUGCCGUCAGAAUAUCCAAGGACUUAAGUGAAAAGGUUUUUGCAAAAUACAAAGAAGAGAAGAAAACAUCUGCAGAAGUCAGUGAUGCAGCACCCACCAAAAAGGCAAGGAAGUGGGAUGCACAGAUGGAAGAAGAACCUUCAAAUAAGACUAAGAGGAUGCUGACGUGUAAGGAACGGAGAAGAGCAGCACGGCAGCAGCAAUCCAAAAAAGUUGGUGUGCGCUACUACGAGACACACAACGUGAAAAACAGGAACAGGAACAAAAAGAAGACGAGCGACUCAGAGGGACAGAAACACAGACGCAACAAGUUCAGACAGAAGCAGUAACUGCUAGAAAGCUGUUUAUUAAAUUAUACAAAAAUAUGCCAUUAG